ACACAGCAUGCAGUGCGACAGCUGGGAGAGUCGGACGAUGCAUGGAUGCCGAUACCGGUACCGCUUGGCGCAGGCAGCUGGAGCGGACAUCACAUCAGUGGCUGCUUUGACAUGGGCGCAGCUGGACUCUGUGGAUUGGAGGGAGUAUUUCUCUCCGUCCCGGACGCAUGCUCGCCCGCUCCGGCGCAUUCCGCCGAGGGUCCGCGGAGGCAUCUCUGAUGUCCUCCGCGCGAUCACCGCCCUCUGCCUCCAGCUCCGCGACCAGAUGGCGAGAGUGUUCCUCGCGUCACAGCAGUUCGGAGUCGGGGUCACGUGUGGCACAGAGGUCACCGUUAGAGGCGUUGUCCGCGCUCUAGCUGACCACCCAGGCUGGGUGGUUCUGCAGCUGGACGUGGCCAACGCCUUUAACUCUUUCUUUCGCGACGUCUUGUUCCAGGCACUGCAUGCCAGUCCUGAGUUCAGAGAGGCCAGCAGACACAUCGAGGCGCACGCUUUGGAGUCGGUACGUGCCCGUCAUACUGAUCCCCUGCAUCUUGCCCGUUUGACAUCCCUUCAGGGUCCAGUGGAGACUUUUGGGUGCCUGAGUGAGCCACUGCGGCAGUUCCUAGGGCUGUGUGCAUCGCGGACAGCACGGCGGAGGAGAGAUUCAGGGGCAGGGGAUGACGGGUCGGCACGGAUAUUUGAGACGAGCCUCACUACGCGUCUCUCCGUGGCACUGCAGCGCGCGCAGGCAAAUGUGAUCAUGCAGCAUGCAGUGCGGCAGCUGGGCGGCUCCGACAAUGGAUGGAUGCCAGCACCUGUACCUUUGGGCGCUGGGCAGGGGAGUUGGCACCACAUCACAGGGUGCUUCGAGAGUGCAGCAGAUAUGCAGUACAUGUAUGAUGCAUAUGUGUAGAAAAACAUAUAUAGGCCGUGCUUGAGAC